AUGAGUUCAGCAGCAAACAUCGACAAAAAGAAAAAGACAAUUUCAAAGGAAGAAUGGGAACAACGACUGGCCAAAGUCAAAGUGAAUAAACAAGAUCUUAAUCAACUUGUUAUGAAUUACUUGGUUGUCGAAGGAUAUAAGGAUGCUGCAGAACAGUUUAGUCUUGAGAGUGGUUUAGAACCUACAGUAGAUUUGCAGUCUAUUCAAGAAAGAAUGGACAUUCGUCAUGCUGUUCAAUCUGGAGACAUUGACACAGCUAUUGAUUUAGUGAAUGAGUUAAACCCAGAGAUUUUAGAUACCAACCCACAACUCUAUUUCCACCUUCAACAACAACGACUGAUUGAGUUGAUUCGACAAGGCUCGUUUCAGGAAGCACUCGAGUUUGCUACAGAAGAAAUGGCACCACGAGGAGAAGAACAUCCUGAAUUUUUAGAAGAACUUGAGCGUACGAUGGCAUUAUUAGCAUUUCAAGACAGCAUCGAUAGUCCCGUUCAAGAGUUACUUCAUCCCGGACAACGACAAAAGACAGCGAGUGAGCUAAAUGCGGCGAUAUUGAUCAGCCAAUCCCAAGAAAAGGAUCCCAAGUUGCCCAAUUUACUCAAAAUGCUGGCUUGGAGUCAAGAACAGUUAGACGAAAGGAUGAAUUAUCCAAGAAUUGAAAAUUGGGUGAAAGCAGACUUGGUUGUACGAGAUGAAAAUGGGAAUCAUGUAGACGAAGAUGUUACGAUGUCUUCUUUGUAA